UUGGGGUUUGUCUUGAUCAGGGGCGUAGGCAAAUGGAAAAUAAAUUUCGAAAGGCGCAAUCUACAGACCUUAAUUUUAAUUUUAGAAUCGUGCAGUCCGCAAGUCAAAAACCACCCAAUUUACACAGUCCUCAAUCUGAAAUUUUAUCCACACCUGGUCUUGAUUCUUGGGUUACUUUCACUCCAUUUACCUCAAUAUUUAUGAUUUUUUAAUAAAUUUAUUUUCAAAUAAAUGCAUUUUUAGAUGUUAAAAUUUUUAUUUCCUCCAAAUGGACGUCUUUUACAAACUUGCAUAUUUAGCUGUAUUAUUUCCUUCUUAAAUUUAUUUUUUCUAUGGUAUUCGGGUUAUUAUCCAAAUACGGCUGCUGGAAAUAUUAAAAAAUAUAUUAAUGAUUCUUAUCUUGCACGUGGACAAAAAAUUUCAGAAAAUUAUUUAUUGUGGUUUUGGAAUUCUAUUUUGAAUUUGCCGUUCAUUGGGUUUAUAUUGAGUAAUUUAUCAGCUCCUUAUUUUUGUGAAAGGGCUGGAAGAAGAGGUUGGAGAUUUUUAAUUUCUUGCUUGAAAUUGACCUAG